UUCUUCUUCUAGGCUGCAGUGAAAACAUAAAGAGGCGAAGGGGGUUCAAUUAGGGUUUUGUGAAUCGCAGCUUCUUCGGAAAAAAAAACCAGCGAAGAGAUGAGCCGGAGUCUGGGGAUACCGGUGAAGCUUCUUCACGAGUCGUCGGGUCAUACAGUGACGGUGGAGCUGAAGAGCGGUGAGCUGUACAGAGGAAACCUUCUCGAGUGUGAGGAUAACUGGAACUGCCAGCUCGAGAACAUCACCUAUACCGCCAAGGAUGGUAAGGUAUCACAGCUUGAGCAUGUCUUCAUCCGAGGCAGCAAAGUCAGGUUUAUAGUGAUACCAGACAUGCUGAAGAAUGCUCCGAUGUUCAAGCGAGUAAAUGACAAAAUCAAGGGAAAGAGCUCAAUAGGUCUAGGCAGAGGUAGACCUUCAAUGCGAGGCAGAGGUACUGGGCGUGGGACAGGAGGUAGGGGAGGCGCACCACCUGUGAGGAGAUAGAUCUUCGGCUAUGAGACAAUUCUAUUCAGCAUCCAGGAGAAGCCAGCCAUCUUCAGCUUGUCGUUUUAUGCAUCUUAUGGUACUCAUUAAACUCUCCUACAAGAAGAGAACCAGAGAGUGAAAGGAACUAGUUCUGUAUUUUGUUGGGUUACUAUUGAACACCAUGCCAAGAUUAUAUAAUGUUUCAAGUCUUAGUGGAUCA